AUGGCAGAAGUGUACAUUACAGACGUCGGUUACGGAGGCAAGUGUCUGACGCACAGUGAGAGACGUAGCGGCCGCCAGACACAGCAGUGCCCGCGGCAGACCGCGUUCCAUACCGGCGCGGCACCGCCCGCCGCCGUAUCCUCUUCCAGCGGCCUCUGGAGGGUCGCGACAAGGUCAGCGGGCGGAAUUUUAGUGGCCAGUAGUGUAGCAUUCCGCGACGUUUGGUGCAAUGCAGCGGUGGACGAGCGCCGCGCCGGAGACGAGCCACUUGUUCGUACGCGAGCGCGUCCGCGCCGAUACCGCGGCGGCGGCGGCGGCGGCGGCGGCGGCGGCGGCGGCGCGGGGGUGGGGCCGACGGGUCGAUGCGCCGCCCCUGGCGGCCGCGCCGCCCCCACCGCCCCCCGCGCGGCCGCCCGCGGCUGGGGCUGGGGCUGGGGCCGGGCCCGCGUCACCGGUCGAUGCGGCGCCCACGGCGGCUGCGGCGGCGUGCAGGUGGGCGGCGUAGCGGCGCAGCCCGGCGCUCCGUGCUCUGACGUGCGUUCCGUCGCCAGCCCGGCUGGCCCUCUCCACGCCCCAUCACUCAGCCACUCAUCACCGCCUUUCUGCUGGCCCGAGCCGGCGGCACCUCCACGCAGCAUUUAG